CAGGCAGACAAAGAGCUUCCCUGAGCAGGGUCCUUCCACGGCUCUUCUCAAUGUCCAUGGCAACCAGAAGGUGCGGAGAAUCAAUCCAAAUAGCUAUUUAAGAACAUAUUACAUGUCUUUUGGGAACCUAAUCUAAGACCGUAGCACGCAGGUUUUGGUUCCAGCCCAAAGCCAUACAUAUCACAAAGAUAAAGGAGUGAAAUGUCCUUUGUGGCAAAGAAGUGCGGGGUGAAGUUUAAACCCCCAGCCAUUGUUCUACUAUAUGAAGACAAGACCACGAAGAAGAUGCGCCAGAGGGUGAUGCCUGUACGCAACUUCUCAAAGUUCUCAGACUGCAGCAAGGCAGCGGAGCGUCUGAAGAGCAAUGCGCGGCACACUGCCUACCUGCAGGGGGUGUCUCUGCACCAGCUGGAGAGGCUGCACCUGCUGCUGAGGGACUUCCUGCUGGGGAAGAGCCUGGAGCACAGCCUGGCCUCGCUGUGCCUGGACCCCGACGAGGACCUCAACAAGCUCAGUGACCAGGAGCUCAGCCGCAAGAAGGCGCUGAUGGAGCAGCUGUUCGAGCAGAAUCGCAAGAAGAAGGACGACCCUGACUUUGUGUACGACCUGCAGGUGGACUUCCCGGAGCAGCUGGAGUCCUGCGGCUGGGAUGAGGAUGAGGAGUUCUAGCUGCACUGCGCACUGACAAGCCCUGAGGACUUUUACAUUGUGGCCACAUGGUUCGACAAUGAAAUAUAAGGGACAGUGGGGUCUAGUGUUUGGAGCUGAGGGACUAGCCUAUUGAAAAGAGCUGAGGGAAUGGGAGGUGCUGUAGCUUAUUGAGUGGAGCCAAGGGAAGGGGCCGGUGUGGUCUUGUAGGUACAGCUGAGGGGCUGGGACGGGAAGUUGGAGCUGAGGGAUUGGGUGGUGGUGUGGUCUAUUGGUUAGAGCUGUAAAACUGUACAGCAGCUUGGUGUGAUAGAGGAAUAGAAGACAAGAAGUCCUCUCACACUGACAUGCUUGUGACCACCUUUGACCACAUUCCUGUUCACUCAUCCUAUAGGCAGACAAGUGAAGAUGCUACCUGACUUGUGCUACCCCAGCUCCCAGGAAGAAUUCAACAUUGACAUUUCAAGAGAUGUUGACUUUUUAUGAAUUAAAAUGUGUUGACAUGUACAGUGUUAUUAAAGAUGACAUUACCGAUCUGUAAACACAACUGAGCCUUUGUUCCUCUAAUAUAUACAAGAUUAAGGUGUGUCUGUUUGGAGUGGUUCCUUUUGGAUUCUGUUCCAGUUCACCUGUUUUAUUUCCACAAGGGGUGUUCUAGCUGCUUAAACUCCCUGAUGUGUAGACAUGUUAGGAGUAUUUGAGCAUGGCUGAGAUCAUAAGCUGCUUCUGAUACUUGACUUUCUCUAUGAAUUUAUCAGUUAAAGAAAUCAAUCAUUUUGUAAUUGAUUCUUUUGAAUCCAAAAACACAUGUUCACAACAGAAUUGGUUUACAUGCAGAAAAUUAGGACUCGAUUCCUCCAAUAGGUAACUUGAAUCUGAUUAGACAGUGCAUAUAAAAACAAGGCUGUUGUGAAUACACUGUAAGUCACCCUGGGUAAGGGUGUCUGCUAAGAAAUAAAUAAUAAUAAAUACACAAAAAGCAAAACCAAAAGAUUAAUAAACGUUUUGUUAGCUACCCACGUUCACCAUAACAAAGCUGAUGUUAGGAUUUAGUGGGUCCUAUUCACUAAGAACUGUUUUUUUUAAAGCCCAUUUUGAUUCAUUUAAAGACAUUUGCAGUACAUGAAACGCCUUAGCUGUUUUAUUGGGUUAGAACAUUUUUUAAAGCACUGUUUAACCUUAGAAAUGCUAAAUCCUUAAAGCAGUCCUUAAUGUUUUGUGAAUUGGGUACAAUGUCAUUAAUCAUGGAGCGUGUCAUGAAGUAGUGGAGUAGUGGUUAGGGCUCUGGACCCUUGACUGGAGGGUUGUGGGUUCAAUCCCCGGUCAGGGACACUGCUGUUGUACCCUUGAGCAAGGUACUUUACCUAGAUUGCUCCAGUUAAAACCCAACUGUAUAAUUGGGUAAUUGUAUGUAAAAAUAAUGUGAUAUAUUGUAACAAUUGUAAGUCGCCCUGGAUAAGGGCGUCUGCUAAGAAAUAAAUAAUAAUAAUAAUAAUGAACUCAUGAAGCUUUGACAAUUAAAUGAUUUAGACACACCUGUUACAGAUACCUACUAGCUAAUUAAAUGCAUGGUAAAACCUGUAAUGGAUUAAACUGCUCUUCAACAGGAGUUUUGUAUUUACAUCCCAGCACAUGAAUUCCACAAAUAUAGGGGUGUUUCUGAAACAGACUUGUGACAGAAAUUCAUGUCCAGUCUUAAGUUUGUGCGCAGUAAUGUGAGGCAAAAAUGGUUACACCAUGUAACACUGUUACAAUACAGAGUACAAAGAUUACAGUUCUCUUUCCCCAAAAAUAUUUUAUUUAUAACUAUAUAACAUGAUCAAAAAUACAGAUAUACAUUUAACUUUCUAUAUAUAAAAGAUUUACAAUAAUCUUUCUCAUAUACAAAGGGAACAAUACAGAUUUAUAUAUAUAUUUUGGGUAAAUAAUAAUAAUAAUAAACAUUAAUUUAAAAACUGCAGUGGAUGUUUGUUAGCUAAUAUUUUAAAUGUAGCAUGUAUAUGCAAAUUGUAAAAAAAUAAAAAAAAAUAAAGAGAAAGUGGUCCCUACAAGAAUGC